AUGUUCACUGAUUGGAUGACGGUUCUUGCCAUGUGCACGGCAAUAUCAAUGUCUGCUCCCCCCUUCAUGAACAGAGGCCCAGCUUCGGCGGAGGAGGAGAAAGGGGGGGUCUCGGGGGCGGGGAAGGAGGCGGAGAAAGCGAGGGUUGUGGCGGAGGGCGCGGGGGAGGCGGGGGGCGAGGGGGAGAUGGCGGUGGAGGCGGUGGUUUGGGCGGAGGGCUGGGGGGAGGUCUGGGAGGGGGAGACGGCGGGGGAGGAUUCGGGGGCGGAGAAGGAGGCGGAGAAGGCGGAGGGCGUGGGGGAGGACUGGGAGGGGGAGGGGGCCGGGGAGGAGGAGAAGGGGGACGAGGGGGAGGCGAAAAGGGGGGCGGGGCGGGGCCGGGUCGGCGAACGAAAUCAGUGA